UCGAUCGGCAUUCGCGCUCACGCCGCUCGUCAAUGGCGGGAAACCUCUGACAGAGAGGGAAGCUCCCGGAGAAGACAGUGAUGGGAUCGGAAGCUCCUCUACCCCAAUGGGCCUCAAAGCCUUGCAUUAUGGGCAUCGACGAAGCCGGCCGCGGCCCUGUACUAGGGCCUAUGGUGUACGGCUGCUUGUACUGCGCGCGGUCUUAUCAGAAGACUCUCUCCACGCUCAGCUUCGCAGAUUCAAAGACAUUGAAGGAAGAGAAGCGGGAGGAGUUGUUCGAGGGUCUUAAGGUCAAUGAAUCGAUUGGGUGGGCCGUCGACGUCAUAGAUCCGAAGGAGCUUUCGGCUAAAAUGCUGAAGAAGAACAAAAUAAACCUCAAUGAAAUCUCGCACGAUUCUGCAAUCGGGCUGGUUAAUAGGGUUCUUAGCAUGGGUGUUCUUUUAACGGAGGUUUAUGUGGAUACCGUUGGAGAUGCAGAGAAAUACCGAAUUAAACUUUCCGAAAGAUUUCCUUCGAUCAAAUUUGUCGUUGCGAAGAAGGCUGAUAGUCUCUAUCCAGUUGUUAGUGGAGCCAGUAUAGUUGCAAAGGUCACAAGAGACAGAGCAGUGCGUGAUUGGGUGCUCGAGGAAACAUCUGAAAACAUGCAACGCAACUUUGGCUCGGGAUAUCCUGGAGAUCCUGAAACUAAGGCAUGGUUGGAGCAUCAUAAAAACUCCAUCUUUGGGUUUCCAACUUUGGUUAGAUUCAGUUGGGGAACUUGCACGCCAUAUUUCAAGGACUGCGUUGAAGUCCUAUGGGAAUCUGAUGCGGCAGAAGAAGAUGGUUCUAGCAGUUCUAAUGGUAAGCGGCAGGUGAAGCUAAGCAGUCUUGGCUUCACAUCCAAGAGGAAGAUCGAAGAGACUGAAGUGAAGAGCGAAUCCAGUGGGAAGGGCCGCUGCAAAUUCUUCCAAGCACGAAAACUUGAGCAACUUGCUCAGUUCUGAGGAGGGUUUAGUAAUAUUAUUGAUUGAGAAGUAUGAAUAUUAACCGGUGCUACUCUGUUUGAUCGAGUGUUGGUCAACUAAAAGGGUUUUGCCUCUCCUAGCACAUUAAUGCUGCAGUGUUUGAAAAUGCUGUAUGAAAAUCUGGGAACAUGAUGUGAUGUCACAGAAUAUGGCAAAUGGAAGCGGGAAUCGGACUAUUAGAAGAUGAAUCAUUUGAUGUGUUACUUGUCCUCUCAUGACAUGGCAAGAUAAUCGAUUGAUGUUAACUGAACUGUCAGAACUUUCAGAUCAAAUUGUGUCUUUCUGGCCUUUCUCGAUAAA